AUGGCGUCCCCACAUCUGUAUACGCUAGCCGACCAGAUCGAGGGACAGCACGAGAACGAGAACGAGAUGGAAAUGGAAAUGGAAAUGGGACCAGAGACCCCCUCGCCGUGCGCAGACGCGACCUUUUCCGACGAGGCAGCGACCCCCCCAUCCCCAUCCCCAUCCCCAUCCCACUGGACCAUCGGCUGGAUGACUCCCAGCGCCAUCGUCACCUGCUUUCUUCUGGCGGCUUCCCUCGCCUCGAUGCAUCUGAGUCUGUUCCACUGGCUGGACCAGCGCGAGGUGACCCGGACCAUCCGCCAGCCCUACGUGACGGCCCUGUCGGUCGUCUUCGUCAACGGCUUCCGCACCUUCCUGGCGGCCGCACUGGGCCUGGCCUUCGUGCAGAUGCUGUGGCAGGGGCUGCGCGUGCGGCCCAUGCGGGUGGGCGACCUGGACGCCUUCCUGUCGGUGCUGGCGAACCCCCUGUAUCUGGGCCAGCUGCAGCUGCUGCGCGUCGCCCCGAUUCCCUUCCUCUGCGCGCUGGUCUGCUGGUGCCUCCCCAUCGCCAUGGUCUUCCCCGCGGGCGCCCUGACCGUCGAGCCCCAAACUCUCCACGUCCUCGCCAACCAGAGCGUGCCGACCUUCGACCCCGGCUUCCUGGGCAACGGCACCUUCUCGGGGAUGAUGGCGCAGGCACUGUGGCAGCCGGACGAUUUUGACGCGUACAGCGGACCCACGAACCAACUCACCCGCCUCGCGCGACAGGCCAUCAUGGCCGGACGAUACCUGCCAGCGCCGUCCCCCUGCGCGGGGGACUGUUCGUAUACGAUCGAUCUGCCGGGCCCCAGCUUCGAAUGCCGCAACGCCUCCACCCCCCAGCUGGCCCGCUGGGUCAACCAGAGCUAUCCGCAGACGCGGUCGUGGCCGGCGCUCUACCUGGCCUCCGCCGACUAUGGCGCCCGCACCAACCGCUCGCAGUCUGCCUUCGACUUCGCGCUGCGCUGGCAGGCGGACGGGGGAUACGAGAACCUCCGCUGCCGGGCGUACGAGUCGAUCUACACCGUGCACCUCACCUACACGGGGGGCCAGCCGCACACGACCAGCGAGGUCCACCCCGUGCGCCCGCUGAACAGCUCGUACCUGUACGAUGACUAUGGGAUGUAUCCGCAGACGGGCAGCCCGGACGCGCGCCUCAAUGCGACGGCGACGGGGGCGACGGGGGGCACCGUGACGGAGAUCUAUCGACGGGCCAACCUGGCGGCGGUGCAGGACUCGCUGGUGCUGGCGUUGUCGGGGUACAUUGAUAUCUUCCUCCUCCACAGCCAGCCCUCGGCCAACACGAUCAUCGCCCUGUCCGAGCUGUACUCGGGGUCUGUGGCCUCCCCCCGAUUCGACCUCACGGGGGCGUCGCUGCAGGACCUGCUGCAGAACAUCACCCUCUCCCUGCUGACGCUGAACCAGACCACCGUGACGACCACCGUGACGAGCACGGUGCCGGUCAAUGUCUACUCCUUCCAGCGACCGGUGCGGCUGAUCGCCCCGUACUUCGCGUGCCUGGGGGUGGCGCUGGGCUUCCUGCUGGGGGGCACACACGCCCUGGUGCGCAACGGCAUCUCGGCCAGCCUGACGGGGCUGUUCCAGACGCUGUGCACGACGCGGGCCAGCGCGCGCCUGGACGACUUGGCGGCGCAGGGCUGUCUGGGGGGACGCGAGAACGUGCCGGACGAGCUGCGGGAAUUGAAGGUGAUGUUUGGGGAGAUCCGAGGCAAGGGGGGGUUGCGGAGGGCCGGGCUGGGGGUGGCGGACGAGGUGAUGCCACUGCAGCGAGGGUCGCUGUGA